GACGGCGCAGCCUUCUUCCCGCCUGUAGUAAGUCGGGGGGAGGCUAGGCGCCGCAUGCAUUUUCCGUCUCACCUGUCCGGACUGUGGCAGUUGGAAUCUGCAGAGAGCUAGGCGUGUUGUUGCUGCUGGCUUACUGCGCUCCUUACCUUCCACACUACCCCCUCGGCCUAGUCCACGCUCUGUCCGCAGCCACGCUGCGUUCGGUUCGGCCUGUCUCUGUGUCUUAUCUCCCACGACUGGGCCUUGCGGGUUACUGCCCCUCGAGGGUUGAGCCAUGGCAAAAAGAAGAUAUAUACCACCUGUCGAUUGGCACCAUGGACAUCUCGGGGGUGGUUCUGCCUCUUGUUCAUCAAUAGCAAAUCUCCUCAUCUUACCGCCUCGGUUUCAACCCGAAACAUUGCUCAUUCUUAUUGUUAUUACUGUUAUUCUCGUUUUCCUUACUUCUCUCACAAGCACGCAUUCGGAUCGCCGCCGCCAUUUCCACCCAACACUCUUCUGCCGAGACAAACAUUCCAACGCUCCAAGUAACCUACCCCUGAGUGUUCCAGCUUUCCUCCCUCUUUCCCCAGAGACCUGGUGUUACUUACCCCCUUUUCGGUUGUUAGUAUAAGCCGCUGUCUUGGGCGCCUACCAAAAUGAGGUCAAAUAUCCUCUCACUGGCGCUCGUAUCGCUGCUGGGCGUUGCGAGUGCCCUCCCCAUCGGUUCUCGUCUGGUCAGGAGAGCGGACUCUGAGCUCGCCAACACCCAAGAUGACGACGGCCAAGCUGGGGCACAGGUGCUGGCUCGUGCCGCCGGGAAGCCUGGUAUCGCGUAUGCACCUUUCAAAAAGGACAACCAGUGCAAGAGCGCCAACGAAGUACAGGCAGACUUUGACAAUGUGCUCAAGGACUACUCCAUGGUUCGUCUUUACGGCGUCGAGUGCAACCAGGUUGCCACGGCACUGCAAGGGGCCAAAAAGCACAAGAUGAAGCUCUUCCUAGGCUUCUUCACCACGGAACCCGGCAAGAUCGCGGAGGAGUUCAAGAGCAUGGACAAGCAGCUGGGCGGGGACUGGAGCCUGGUCGACACGGUCAGCUUCGGCAACGAGAACUUGGACAAGGGCCAGGGGGUCGCGGUCGUCCUGGCCGGCCUCAAGCAGGUCCGCGGCCUGCUCAAGGGCACGAGCUUCAAGGGCAGCGUCGUGGCAGUCGAGACGUGGGUCGCGGCGCGCGACAACGCGAAAAUCCUGGAGGACUCGGACUACUGCGCCGUCAACUUCCACCCCUUCUUCGACCAGGGCGGCGUGACGGCCGAAAAGGCGGGCGACUUCAUCGCGCAAAAGAUCAAGACGGACCUCAAGCCAAAGUGCGGCGGCAAGCGCGUCGUCAUCACCGAGACGGGCUGGCCGCACGCCGGGACGCCCCACCACGGCGCCGUGCCGGGCAUAAAGCAGCAGGCGGCCGCCAUCGCGUCCAUCAGGGCCGCCGUCCCCGCCGCCGACCUCAUCCUCUUCUCGCCCUUUGACGACGAGUGGAAGAAGGACAACGCCGGCUCCUGGGGCGCCGAGAAGUUCUGGGGCAUCGCGGGCAAGAAGAGCGGAUAGAGUGGCCCCGUCUCACUCUCGCCAGUCGCCGCCGUCUGCUGGCCGACUCCUUGAUAUCAUCUCACACCCAUUUUCCAUCCCCUUCUAUAUUCUCCCUUCGAUGCGUCCUAGCGGGACAAGCUCGGGAUACGCCAACCCACAAGCUUCCCGCUACCGCCCUCUCCUUUGUUCCCUCAUCCUUUGUUUUAUUCUUAUACCCAUAUUCAAUGUCUUUUACUAUUUCUUUUUCUAUCUGUAUUCUUUCUUCUCCCUCUCUUUACUUUGUCACAGGGUUUCUCUUAUCUUUUCUAAGCAGCCAGUGUCUAGGCUGUCGACCUAGACCUGAUCUAACGGGUGUUUGUUGGCCACUACGAUUUUCUGCUGUAUAUACUUGGGCCAUGGCGCUUCAGAGGCGUUUUCUGGGGUUGACGAUAUUGUCUUGUUUUGAAAGAUUGGGUUAAUCCUGAACGUUUUGUUGGGGGCAUUCGGUCUUGUUUUCAUUUGUUCCCGGCCGGUCGGUUGAUAUUGGAUGCCAUAUUGGUAAAAAUCUAAUAUGCAUCGUGGAAUGAUUUCGCUUGUCU